AUGGCUGUUGGUGUGCAGCAGCUUGGGCUACAGUUUGGGUGGAAUGACCACGUCCUCCAGGCAGUCAUUCGCGUGUUGGACAACAGCUGGGGUCCAGGCCCGGGAGUGUCACCAUUGCCAGUCGAGCAGCACAAUUAUGCUGCGAACGGCAUUCGGGAGCCACCAACUUCACCUUCAUUUCACCCCUCCAGAUCAUCCUCGCGCUCUGUCCAGAACCAGGUGUUUCCCAAUUUCAGUCCCACGGCGGCUUCUCUUAUGUCUCCCCCAAACUCAUUGGGUCCGACAAACAUAACCUACAUCGACGAAUCGCAACCCCGCUCAACGUUUGAUCCCUUUCAGAGCUCAUAUCAACCGUUCAAUGCUCCAAGGAACUCCCAUCAGGCUCGGGCAGCACACAUAUCAUACAAUUUGGCAUUAAUGAAUCACCAUGGUCCCGGUGCUCAGCAGCACUGGACAGCUCACCAAACCAACACGUCUGGCUUCAGGACAAAUCCCAUGCUCAACACCACCUCCCCCCGAGUGCACUACACAGCCAUCGGACAAGCUCAAGCGCCUUUUCAUUCGCCAGAACCCGGCGUCAACUUCUCUCCGCAAGGGCUGAAUCAGCGACAACGAACCAUCAACCCGGUCAUUACCGACACCUGGGCGCGUCUCCUCGACGAACAUACAAUCGCGGCCGACAACGAAGGUUAUCAGUCACCGAGCAACCUCCUCCCGCCAGAACACUGCGAAUGCCAGCGUGAGCCCGGAGGGUCUCCAAAGACGUGCCUCUUACACUACUGA